CGUAUGGAAUCAGAACAGGAAACACUGCAGACAAAACUUUAUUUAUCAAAUCCAAACAGAUAGCAUCAAUGUGCAUUGGCCACAAGCUUUUGGCUAACAUAAUGUGUAUGUCAAUAAUUCACUCAACCCAUGCAUGUCCAAUUUCUAUUAUGUUAUUUAAUUUUGGCUUGAAUUGCUAAAUUUAGAACAACUGAAUUAAAUUAUAAUUUUCUGCAAAUGUUUGGAUUUAUUUCUUUUUAACACAGGUAAGCAUUUCUUCCUCUAUAAAACAAUAGAAGGAGAAGCCAUUAGCCAUAUGUCCUUAUUUAGUCAAUACUCAUAUUUGCUUGAUUUCCAUGGCUUCCAAAUCCCACCAACUCCAUUUUAUCCUGUUUCCUUAUAUGGCUCAAGGCCACAUGAUUCCUAUGGUUGACAUAGCCAGAUUGUUAGCUCAGCAUGGCAUGAUUAUUACUAUAGUUACCACGCCACUUAAUUCAAAGCGUUUCGCAUCAACUCUUGCUCGUGCUGUUGAAUCUGGGCUCGAAAUUCACCUUCUUGAAGUCCCAUUUCCAUCUGAAAAAGCAGGAUUGCCAAAAGAGUGUGAGAAUAUUGAUAUGCUUCCUUCACUGGGCUUAGGCCUUGAGUUCGCCUCUGCAACCAACUUGCUACAAGAAACGGUAGAACGAUUGCUUAAAGAUCUAAAACCAAGGCCUAAUUGCAUAAUCUCUGACAUGUGCUUACCUUACACGAGUCGGAUUGCUAGCAAGUUUCAGAUUCCAAGGAUUGUUUUCAAUGGAUUUGGUUGCUUUAGUAUGAUGUGCUUGCACAGAUUAUACAAAUCCCAGAUUCUCGAAAGCAUAACCUCUAAAUCGGAAUACUUCGAGGUGCCUGGUUUGCCUGAUCAUAUUCUAGUAACCAAAGAACAGCUGCCAGAAGCCAUGCAUCAAAGUGUGCAAAUAUUCAACAAGCAAGUGAUAGCCGCUGAAAUCGUGACUUACGGGAUUAUUUUUAAUUCUUUUGAAGAGUUGGAGCCAGCUUAUGUCCAAGAAUUCAAAAAGGCAAGAGGGGAUAAGGUCUGGUGUGUUGGUCCAGUUUCGCUAUGCAACAAACACAACUUGGAUAAGCUCCAAAGAGGCGAUAAGGCCUCAGUUGAUGAAUAUGAAUGCUUGAAGUGGCUUAAUUCACAAAAGCCAGGAUCUGUAUUAUAUGUUUGUUUUGGUAGCCUUUGUAAUCUAAUAACCUCACAGUUGAUAGAGAUUGGCUUAGCAUUAGAAGCAUCAAACAUACCAUUCAUUUGGGUGUUAAGGGGAGGAGGGAAAUCAACACAAAUAGAAAAGUGGAUUGUAGAAGAUGGUUUUGAAGAAAGGAUUAACGGAAGAGGCCUCUUAAUUCGAGGUUGGGCUCCCCAAGUAGCUAUAUUGUCGCAUGCAGCUGUUGGAGGAUUCUUAACACAUUGUGGAUGGAAUUCAACUCUAGAAGGAAUAUGUGCAGGCAAGCCAAUGAUUACAUGGCCAUUAUUUGCAGACCAGUUCUUAAAUGAGAGGCUAGUUGUGGAUGUGUCAAAGAUUGGUGUAAAGGCUGGGACAGAGGUUACUGUGCCAUGGGGGGAAGAAGAGAAGAUUGGAGUGUUAGUUAAAAAGAAAGAUGUUAAUAGGGCUAUAGAAAGGUUAAUGGAUGGAGGAGAGGAAAGUGAAGAAAGAAGAAAAAGAGCCAAAGAGCUUAGCAGGAUGGCAAAGGGAGCAAUAGAACCUGAGGGCUCUUCCUAUGUUAACAUGGAAAUGCUAAUACAAGACAUCAUGCAGCAAAUAGGAUUGGAUAAAUAGGUUAUGAUGGCAUAUAAUAGAUUUGGAUGGUAUACAAUAAGAUGUUCAGAUUUGAGAAAUAAUAUUUAUAUCAAUUAGAGUUCUGUA